GUGGUUGUCAUUGGCGACGCGGGCGAUGACGUGUCUAAUUCCAGAGCACGUGGGUGGCGAUGAGCGGCGCUCCCAUAAACAAAGACACAUUGGCGCGGCGCGCUAGUCUGGAGCGGAGCACCGCGGACGCCUCGCUUUUCUCCACCGUCUAACCGGCUUUACUUCUAGCUCGUACUGGACAUUUUCACACACGUAUAUACACAUAUAUGUCUACAUUUGUUUUUUUCCACAAGACCAGCCUGCGAGUGUAUGGAUACGAUACAACUUUUCUGAUGGUGAUUUAAGGGAGGUGAUUCCAGCAACCGGACUGCUUUUCUUGAACCCUGCUUUGUUUUCGGAAGUUGACAGCAUCGUGCAUUUUGAGUGGCGACCAGGAAGAGUCCCACGGCUGAAGCUAUGCCCUGCGUUCAGGCUCAGUACGGCUCGUCGCCGCAGGGCGCGAGUCCUGCCUCGCAGAGCUACAGCUACCACACCAGCGGCGAGUACAGCUGCGACUUCCUAACACCCGAGUUCGUAAAGUUCAGCAUGGACCUGACCAAUACCGAGAUUACGGCCGCUACCACGUCUCUACCCAGCUUUAGUACGUUUGUGGACAGCUACAACCCCGGCUACGACGUCAAACCUCCGCCGUGUCUGUAUCAGGUGCCUCCUGCGCACACUUCCGAACAGCCCUCUAUUAAAGUAGAGGAUGUGCCCAUGCACGGGUACCACCACCAUCACCACCACCCACACCCUCAUCAGCAGCAGCCGCAGGGUCAUCUGGGCCCGCAGGAGGAUGUGAUGGCGCACUCGGGCUCGGUUUAUUUCAAGCCGUCUGCUUCACCACACGCGCCUGGCGGCGGCCCUAACUUUCACGUACAGCCGAGCCACGUGUGGGAGGACGCGAGCUCGCUGCACGCCUUCCACCAGAACUACGUGGCGGCCGCCUCGCACUCCAUGGAGCAGCGCAAGAACCCCGUGUCGCGCCUCUCGCUCUUCUCCUUUAAGCAGUCACCCCCGGGGACACCCGUGUCCAGCUGCCAGAUGCGCUUCGACGGCCCGCUACAUGUGGCUAUGAGUCAUGAGGGCCCAGGUGCGCACCGGGCCCUGGACGGCCAAAGCUUUGCGGUGCCCGGUGCUGUGAGGAAACAGGCGGGAGUCGCAUUCCCGCAUUCUCUACAACUCGGCCACGGACAUCAGCUCCUUGACGCGCAAAUGCCGUCGCCACCAUCCAGAGGCUCCCCGUCCAACGAGGGGAUGUGCGCCGUGUGCGGGGAUAAUGCAGCGUGCCAACAUUACGGCGUGCGCACAUGCGAGGGGUGCAAAGGCUUCUUCAAGCGCACAGUGCAGAAGAAUGCGAAAUAUGUGUGUCUGGCGAACAAAAACUGUCCUGUUGAUAAGCGCCGGAGAAACAGGUGUCAGUACUGUCGCUUCCAAAAGUGCCUAGUUGUCGGGAUGGUUAAAGAAGUUGUUCGGACUGCCAGUCUGAAGGGCCGGAGAGGUCGUUUACCCUCCAAACCCAAAAGUCCACCUGAUGCGGCACCCUCCUCACCCCCAGUCAGCCUCCUCAGUGCGCUGGUCAGAGCUCAUGUGGACUCAAACCCCAACAUGUCCAACCUGGACUACUCGAGGUUCCACGCGGGUCCGGAUUACCAGCUGACCGGAGACGACACGCAACACGUACAGCAGUUUUACGACCUGCUCACGGGAUCGAUGGAGAUCAUCCGCGGCUGGGCCGAGAAGAUCCCGGGCUUCACCGAACUGCUCAAACAGGACCAGGACCUGCUUUUCGAGUCCGCCUUUCUCGAGCUCUUCGUUCUCCGCCUCGCCUACAGGUCCAACCCGAUGGAGGGGAAGCUGAUCUUCUGUAACGGCGUGGUGAUGCACCGGCUGCAGUGUGUACGCGGUUUCGGCGAGUGGAUCGACGCCAUCGUGGAGUUCUCCUCCAGCCUGCAGAGCAUGAACGUGGACAUCUCGGCCUUCUCCUGCAUCGCCGCGCUCGCCAUGGUCACAGAGAGACACGGGCUUAAGGAGCCGAAGAAAGUGGAGGAGCUCCAAAACAAAAUAGUGAACUGUCUGAAGGACCAGGUGGCGUUUAACGGCGCUGCUCUUAACUGCCCGAACUACUUGUCCAAGCUGCUGGGGAAGCUGCCGGAGCUGCGCACUCUGUGCACACAGGGCCUGCAGCGCAUAUUCUACCUGAAACUGGAAGACCUGGUGCCUCCUCCCGCAAUAAUCGACAAACUGUUCCUUGACACGCUGCCCUUUUAAACAACAACAAAGAAAGAAAGAGACUUUUUUCCUCAAAAAGACCUCAACGAACUUCCAUAGACUCCUUUUAAGAGUCAGAAAGCUACUGAAGUUUUGUAUUAUUAUUAUUAUUAUUAUUAUUAUUAUUAUUAUUAUUAUUAUUAUUUUAAUUUCACGAAUCAAAGACUUUAGCAGUCCAUGUUGGGAUUUAUAAGGAACGAACACACACACACACACACACACACGCACACACACACAAAGUCAUGAGAGAGUUAUGCAUUUUCAUUUGAACCCUCUUUGCAAUUUUAUGCUAUUAUAUUAAACGACCCAUAAAGAUAAAGAAAGAGGGCUCAGUUCUGAAGUUACUCUUGGACUGCUGGUAACAAAAUAAAUCUCCAAAACAUUACUCUGUUUAUUGACUCCAAAACAUUUUUAAAUCAUUGGGAAACACACAUUAAAUGUACUAUAAUAGUAUUAUACCACAUACAGUGUCGCCGAAGUGUAUAAAGAGGACAUGUUUCUUUAUUUCAUUUUCUUUCUUUCUUUAUUUCUUUCUUUCUUUUUUUAAUAACUUGUGCCUGUGUAUUUCUGUCAGGAUCAGAGAGGAGGCCACGCAUGUUGUAGAGGACUAUAGGCACUUGCUAUCGAGGUGAUGCUGUCUAUAUAAAACAUGAUUAUUAAUAUUAUUCCGGACACUAUGUAGUCUGCUAGAUUUUAUAUAUAUUAAAAAAGAGAGAGCGCGCGCGAGAGAAAGAGAAAAUUCGUAGUGGACACCUUUUAUGUAUAGAACAUGUGGAGGAGGAGAAAAAACAAUAUUUAAUCUGUAUAUAGGUAAAGAAAAAAAAAAUCAGAAAGGACCCAUAGUGUUUGUAAGACUGUCAGCCAUUCCUUGUUUGUAUGUGUUGUAUGUAUUGUUGCUGUUUAAUAUAAAUGUUUCUAUAUUUA